UUGCAGUUUUUUACCUGAGAGUGUAUAAAGCGGUACUCGUCGAAAAGGGUGGAUACAUCACGAAGUGAAUCAACAUCUGAUCGUAACAACUACGUCUCUUUCAUUCGGGAGAUAACUCAGACGAUGGAUAAGUCAUUCCAACAAAAUCUCAGCGAUGACGAGUUCUCCAAAUUAAUGAUAAGUGAUGAAGGAUUUCGUUUGGGACAUUUAAGGCUUUACAAAGCAGAAUUACUGGAAUCAGUUGACACUGUUGAAAAGUUGCAACAGUUUCGCCAAUUUUUCGAUGACCCAAGAUGUUUUGCUCGGCUUUUGGAUUUGUUCAAGGACGAUUCUAAUAAAAAAAUGGCACUAAAUUAUUUCUGGCGUCGGAUACGCUUCAAUCGUGAGGCCAUGGAUCGUAUACUCUUUAUGGCCACUAAAGAUAACAAAGCUCUCCUUGAUUUGAUUCAUGAAAGUAUACCAGCGAGAUCAUUGGAGUUUUAUCGUAAAAUGUUCUAUGAAGAUACGAAAAGAAUGGAUAAAAUUACAACGACAAUUGAACCGCUACCAAUCUGUGCGAAGUUAAAAGAUGUGGGCUAUGAAUCCAUUAAGAAUGUCGUGCGGGAAAUGAUGAAAACUAAAAAGUAUGAAGAAGCAGCAUGUUAUCUGAUGAGGAGCCUACCGAAAGUAGGAAGUUUGGAGAGUCAACCAUCUAGUUGGUAUUUCGAUUUUUUAAACGCAUGCCUUGUUGACAGUGCUAAUCGUUCAAUACCUGAAUUUAUUGAUCCUGAUUACAAGAUCCACUUGGAUGCCUACAAUACACAGUGUCGAAUCUUGAAGAUAUCUCAAAAUAAGUCGGGACUACAAAACGAGUUACCAAACACUGUGAAAGAGCUAGAAGAACCAGAGAAACCGGAAAGUCGCACCCAAGAACAUUACAAGAAAUAUCGGAUGAAAGCAUUUAGUGAUGAAAAAUUGGAACGCUUGGAAGAUGCAGAAUCGAUUGAAUUGCGACCAUAUCAGCAGGAACUGGUGGCGACUGCAUGUCGAGGGGUGAACACAAUCAUCUGUGCUCCAACUGGUUCGGGAAAAACUGUUGUAGCUGCACAUAUCAUCCUGGAACAUUUUCGUACUAUGAAAGCUGCAGAUAAACCUUCCAGGGUAGCGAUCCUUGUGCCAACAAUUCCGCUUGUAGAACAACAGUGUAUAAUGUUGAAUCGUUACUUGCGAAAAACGUUCUGGGUCGACGGUAUGAGUGGAAGUGAACCAGUCGAUGAGAAUGGACGUGCUCCAAAUGUUUUAGCAAGUCAUGUAACCGUUUUCACACCCCAAAUUUUCAUAAAUUUGUUAAGAAGUAUACGUCGAGAUGAUCGUUUGUACUUCACCGAUUUCUCGAUGUUUAUAUUUGAUGAAUGCCAUCAUUGCGACGGAGACCAUCCAUAUCACGUUCUGAUGCGAAUGUUGCACAGAUUUGAUGGGCCAAAGCCACAAAUUGUUGGUUUAACUGCUUCUCUUCCACUUGGUGCGGGACGUGCAAAUGUUGAAGCAGCACUUGAUCAUAUGAUGGAUUUAUGCGCCAAACUCUCUGCUCAUUCUAUCAGUACGGUUCGAAAACAUAUGGAAAAUCUUCGUUAUUUUGUGAAACCGCCUGUCGAUGACAUAAAACGCGCUCAUCGGCCUGAGUACGACAGUUUCUGUCAAUCAUUAGAAAUCUGUAUGAGGAAAAUUGAAUUUGCUGCAAAGCCAGAACUUGAAAAAAUAGCCGAAAAUAAAGUUAUUAAUUUUAGAGUGGAGGAAACUGCAUUUCCGGUACAGAAGAGUUCAAUGCGUUACGAGAACUUUGUUGGAGGCUUGAAAAAUCGUUUAGCGGAGUUACCUGGUGGUAAAGUGAAGCAUCAGUUAAUCAAAAUGCUUGAACAUCUUGGGUAUUAUUAUCGUGCUCUCUGCUUGAGCGAUUUACUGCCGAAUUGGUAUGCUUACAGUUAUUUACGUGAAAAUAUGGCAAAAGAAAUUUUUCCGGAUAGAAGGGAUAGUACAACUAUUCAGAAUCAAUUGAAGAAACUUUUCGAAAAAUUUGUGAAACCAAAUGAACUAAAUUUCAAGGAAAGUGACUCAGGUGAAGAAAAAGAAAUCUUGAAAAUGCUGCAUACUAUUUUGCGUGAACAGUACGUUUCGGAUCCAGCAUCCAGGACUAUAAUUUUUGUGACGACACGUAGACUGGCCCAGUAUCUAUCACACCAUUUGAAUACUGUCAAAAUUGUUGAUGGAACAAAUCGUGCGGUUGGAUUCGUUACCAGUUCAAAUCGAUCAUCCGCCUUGAGUGGUCAGACGGCUGAAGAGCAACGAACAGUGAUUGAGAAUUUCAAUCAGGGCACUUUGAAGGUUUUGGUGGCCACAUCAGUUGCUGAGGAAGGUUUGGACAUUUCUGCAUGUAAUCUGAUCAUCAAAUACAACAACACAGGUUCCGAGAGAUCACUGAUUCAGAGAAGGGGUCGAGCUCGAGCGAGACAUAGUAGAUCAAUUUUGUUAGCUUUAGAUGGUUCUAUAGAAGAAAAGGAGUUAGAAAACAUUCAGAAAGAACAUUUAAUGAGACGCUGUCUGGAACAUAUGCAAACAAAAUCGGAAAACCAGAUGAAGCAGCUGGUAGAAACGAAAAUUAAUCAAAUGAGAGCUCUCCAUGAAGCAAAUUUGGUGCGAGAAAAUGAAAAGAAACGUUCGCUAGAAGGGAAAUGUUAUGAUCUGAAAUGCCGUCUGUGUGGUGCAUUUAUAUGUAAAAGUAGUAGUAUGCGCAUUGCAUGCGAUAGCCAAUAUGUUUGCUGCGAUCCAACUAUUUGGGAACGGAUUAAUGCUCGUGUUCACAGUGCAAAGUCAUUGGCAAUUGCAACGCUAGUUGGUAAACCCCACUGUAAAGGUAACAAUGAAUCAGACUGUAAUGAAGUGCUGGGUACGAUUGUCAAAUUAUAUGGCGCCUUCUUGCCAACGAUAGCAGCAAAAGCGAUAAUAGUUGAUGAUAGCGAAGGAUUAUCCGGUCGACCACAAUGUGAAAAAAAGUGGGACUCUAUAACGGCGGAUAAGUUUUGUGUUGAACCAAUCACUGAGUCCGAUCUUAAAGUGAUGUUGAAUUCGCUGUACAACUACUCACGACAGCAGCAUCUUCAAUUUGAAGCCGAAGCAGGACUUGCUGUUAAGCGUGCUCUCACUGAAAUGAAAAAAGAAAAGCGACCUUUCGCAAUCCAGGAAUAAACCCUAUUCUACAAGAUAUUUUCCCGUAUUUGUUCGUCCCUCCAACUUUGUUGCUUUAUUUAACUUCCAACCGGAGCUUUGUCAAUUCGAAACAAAUGUAAUCCACUGUAAAUUUAGAAUGUGACUGCACCAUUCCCUUUCAGUGCCUUUCUCCUUGAAGUCGAUUAUGCUUUACUUUGACAGAUCUCUACAAAUCUCUACAUACCGUC